GUUGUUUUGUGGCGUGAAAUAGUGUACGACUCGGACACGACUUUGAUCCCAAAGAACACUUCUGUGGAAGUGGCGAGAGUUCCAGUGACUGGCAAUCAUAAGAAGUCAUGGGAUCGACUCGACAAUCAUAACACAAAAGGAUCGUCAAACAUAUCGACGUCUUAUUCGACAGAAGACGAGAAAAUAAAAGCAAUGAUGUCUCAGAGCACUCAGGAACUGAUGUUAAGCGAAGCACUGACUGAUGUUAAGCGAAGCACUGGUAUUCCCCGGAGUUUUAUGAUUCCGGCAAAUGCUGACCAAAAGGGUGCUCUACUGACAGCCAGUGGUGAUUAUGCCGUUCCUAUUAUCGAUCAUCAAGCGUAUAAAGAGGUGAAGAAAGAGAAGCCGCCGUUUAUGCCGAUCGUUGAGUCGGAGGCCUCGGAGUCGACCCAAGAGAUCCCCGAAGACCUGAAGUGUACGCUGUGUCAGGACGUGCUUCUGGACGCUGUGCUCACUCCCUGUUGUGUAUCCGAAACGCUCUGCUGGAGAGCGACGGUCACGAGUGCCCGACCUGUCAUGAAAUGAAUGUAUCGCCCGAUCAACUCAUACC